AUGAUCACCCACGGUUUUAAACCAAUCAGGGACGCAAUCGAUUAUGUUAAACCAACCAAUCAGGAAACAGGAGUGGUGUAUAUAGACUGGAGCGCAAACCUUGAAUUUCCAAUUUUUGAAUCAUUCGAUCGCGUUCUCCCGAAGACAAGAAGCAGAGAUUUCAAAGUCGAAGAAGAAAUGGCUCGUACAAAGCAAACCGCUCGUAAAUCAACUGGUGGAAAAGCACCGAGAAAGACUUUGGCAACGAAGGCUGCUCGAAAGAGUGCCCCGGCUACUGGUGGCGUGAAAAAACCUCACAGAUACAGGCCAGGAACUGUCGCUCUCCGAGAAAUCCGUCGUUAUCAGAAAUCAACCGAGCUUCUGAUCCGCAAACUGCCUUUCCAACGAUUGGUUCGUGAGAUUGCACAAGAUUUCAAGACCGAUCUUCGUUUCCAAAGUUCAGCUGUGAUGGCCCUACAAGAAGCAAGCGAAGCUUACCUUGUUGGUUUGUUUGAAGACACCAACUUGUGUGCUAUCCACGCUAAGAGAGUGACUAUUAUGCCCAAAGACAUCCAGCUGGCGCGGCGAAUCCGUGGUGAACGAGCUUAA